ACAAUCCGCCAUAUUCUGAUUGGCACUUGACGGAAAGAAAGGGUUCAGUUUCCGCUAAAUACAUUGAUACAGACGAGUUUUUACGUUUUUCAAUAGAAACAAAGACAAUAUAAGGCGUUAUUUACAUUGGACUGAAUAUCCGAUCUUUUCGUCGUGUUUCAGUGUUUGUUACGAGCCGUUUCUCGAGCCUCGGGCCAUGGUAGGAAGCCAUGGACAAAAUGGAAGUGUCAGAAGUUGUGGAAGUGACUGAGGAAGUCACUUCCACUCAAACAAAGGGGACCACUCCAAAGAAGAGGACUAGCACACACCAAGAAGUCAAUGUUGAGAAACCAAAGAAACCAAGGUCUGCCUACCUGCUCUACUACUUUGACAUUCAUCAAAUUAUGCAGCUUGAAUCUCCAAACCUGCCACAAUCGGAGGUCAACAAGCGGAUUAGCGAAGGCUGGAAAAGACUCAGUGUGUCGGAGAGAAGUUAUUAUCUUGAGAAAGCCAAGAUGGAGAAGGACGGCGUUGAAUCGUUAUCUCAGAGUUCCUGUAAACAUCUACCAGGCUUUCGCAAAAUCCUACCCAGAGCCACUUGCUUUCUGUUACCCAACGGCAAUUCCUUAACUCAUCAGCCAGGAGGCGGUCUGUCAGUUAAAUCGGAGAAUGUUCCUGAAGCCUGCUCGCCCUCCACCUCUGUCACCUCAGAGGUCCAGUUUCUAUCUCCGGAGGUGGAACUAACUGAGCAUCACAUUGUCACUGAAGAGGCUACAGAGGAAACCGCUGCAGGCUUUGCUGACUUCACAGUGGGUGGAGUGGCCCUCAAAGGAAAUGAGGCCCAGCUUAUGGACAGCUGCUACAACCAGGGGGAAGCUACACAGGUGGUCACAGUCCUACCCACACAGAAACUCCUGGAGCCCAAGUGUUUAGAAGAUGCUGGUUCUGUGCAUCCAGUGAUGAUGAUCUCAGUAGGAACCAAAUCAGAGCAGACAGUCAAGCCAAUAGAGUCGAUGUCUGUGAAGACAUACACCAGGAGAGGUCGAGGGAGGUGUCCAAACCCGGGCUGCUCGUUCGUGUACGUCACCCGUCACAAGCCUUCCGCGUGUCCUGAAUGUGGGAGCUUUUUAGGUGGAAAGUGGACGCCUGCUAGGACAGGAAACAAAGAGGCUGCUGUGCUGCAGGUGGGUCGUGCAGGUGAACAUCAGCCCGAGAAGAGCAGCAAAGGAGCGGAUCAGGAAGGGAGCGCUUAUGCCGGCAGAACCAAAACCAGCGGGAACAGUGAGGAAAGCAAAAGUCAGCGGAGCUCCAAAAAACAACCCUCAACCGAAUCGCCACCAGGGGGCAGCAGCACUGAGCUCCAGACUCAAAUGCAAAAAGUGAAAGCCAGGCCCAAAGUCCCGAUUCCUCCCAGACAGAACAGGAGCUCCUCUAUUGUGCAGAAGCGACCAGUCAGACCCAUCCUCCCCGCUCCUUAUAACACAGGUGGGACUCUGAUUCAGAUCUUUACUGUUCCCGCAGACAAAGGAAAGUUUCACGAUAAAUCGUCACUUGCAACAGCUCCUCAAGAUAACCUCUCGGGCCUCAAACCCAGCACUCUGAAGCAGCUCGGCCAGCCAGUUCCACCAACCACAGCUAACCAGAACUCAGCAGGCAAAAGGCAGCUUGUGUCUUCGCUGAAGGACGGAGGACUGAACAUCUUGUCCGUCGUGCCUUUGGAACCACGCACAGUUUCAAGCUUCGACCUGGGUCUGUCCACAGCUCGAGGCAGAGGUCGCUGUAGGAAUCCAGCGUGUGAUUAUAUGUAUAAGAACAGACACAAACCUGCAAAGUGUCCAAAGUGUGACUGUGAGCUGACACAGAAGAAAAGCAAAGCGAAAAAGUCUGAGACUUUGCUGGACCCAUAUAAGCCCCUGACCCCUGGCCAGAUAGAAAUCCAGCGACAAAAUACCGUGCAGCUCCUGCGUACCUCCCUUCAAAUUCCUGAGAGUGACUCUGACCUUCAGGAAACACUUUCCCUCAUUGAGGAGCUGAAUGAUCUGAAGGUUAUCUUGCUAGAAAGGGGUAACGGGGAGGAUGGUACAGACACUAAAACCCUGCUGGAGUCCGGCUGGCCUCAAAUGUAUGAGUCAGCAGCGACUCACUGUGGUCUGUGUAACUACCCCCUUUUCAAAGGAGGAAAGAGAACCAUCGCAGAGUCGGAGGACUGCUGGCUGCUCACGGAUAAACUGCUGCAGGCCGUCACUCUGCACGUCAAAGUGUGUCUCAACCCGCAGUGUUUGGCCCUGCACAGCUUCACAGACCUGCAUCCCGGUUUAUUUAACGUUGGAAACAGACUACUUGUAAGUAUAAACCUGUUCCUGAAGAUUAGGAAUAGCCUGAAGCAGGGCCAGUCCCCCUCUCAGGCGGCUGCAACAGCAUUGGACCACAACCCAAAUCAUACCAUUCACAACUUGUGCCUGGAAGACUCUUCUCAAAUUCAAGAGCUUCUCCUGAGUGGAUACUGGGCCUUUGAGAGUCUCACAGUACGAGAUUACAACGACAUGAUCUGCGGCGUUUGUGGAGUCGCUCCGAAGAUUGAGAUUUCUCAGAGGGAUACGAGCAACGUCCUGGAGCUCAAGAGUGUGGAGUUUACGUGGCCCACGUUUUUAGCUCCAGAUGAGGUUCUUGUGGAUGAUUUCUGGCUGACCAUGGAGAGUGAGGCCAUAGAGCAGGCAGCUUUCCCCGCUGACAUCCCGAUCACACGCGUGGAUGCUUCCAUCAUCGCUCCCUUCAUCCCACCGCUGAUGAGGAACCUAACAGUCAUCAACACAGAGAAGGACAAGCUUCUGUCCCAAACGGAGCAGCCGUCAGGAGAUCCGUCAGUGUUGGUCCGUCUCAUUCAUGAUGGUCUACUGAGACUAGACAAGAUUGAGGAUCAUAAUGAAGACGAGCUGAGAGGGAUUCUGGAGCGCUGUGGGAUCAGCGUCUCACCGGGCUGCACCAAGAAAGAGCUGCUGGCUUCUCUCGUCAACUUCUACACGCGUGUGUAUUCUGGCCUCCCCUCGGCUGCACAGCCGUCCUCCCAUCUCACUGCUGGCAAACUGUCCAAGGUCUGCCCUCACAAGGUGGUAUCUUCCUCCAAGUAUUUAGUGCGAGGAGAAACGGCCCGUGACCACGUUGACCUGCUGCUGUCGUCCCGGUUCUGGCCUCCAGUCUACGUCUGUGACUGUGCUCAUGAGGUAGCUCUCUGCACCGACUUACAGUACCCAAAUAUGGCAACCCAGAUGUGGGGCAGGAACCAGGGGAGCUUCUGUGACCCGUUUGAAAAGCCAGAGUGUGUAUCAUGUGAGGAGCUGCAGGAGCAGACAUACCAUACUGACCUCUCAUUGUCGUUGGAGAGUCAGCAGACGCACCCCAUCACCAAAUCUUCCUCAUGUUGGACGGUUCAUCCCCCUCCCGGAGCAAACCAGAAGCUUCCUCCUGCAGAGCACCACUCCAUGGCCCUGUGCAGACAGCUGGAGCCGUACAUCCAUGCAGUGUCUGAGGCUGUGACAGCAAAAGUGGAGGAAAAUGCGACGGCUGAAAAAGACAAGCCAAACCAAAUCCUUUUCAACAACCCGGCGUAUUACUAUCUUUACAACCGGCUGGUGGACUACCUCAGCAGUAAAGAUAUUGUCAGCCAGCAAAUUACCCAUGUACUGAAAGCCUGCCAGCCUGGAGAGGUGGUGAUCAGAGACUCUUUGUACCGACUGGGCGUGGCACAGAUCAACACAAAGGAAGAAGUAAAGGGGAUGGAGGGGCAGACUGAGGAGGAAGGCUCCGAGACUCAUGAAGGUUGUUCUGGAUGAGUGAAAAUAGCUGAAUGUUUCUAUGGCGCUGUAAAAAUUGCAUGAAGAGUAGUAUAAUAAAGACAAAAAAAGAGCUGAUGCAAGAAGUUUAAAAGCAGAUACAUGAAACUUUCACAAUGGUGAGCAAAUGGAAGCAGCUUUCUGCGAAACGAUUACAGCGAGGUCAGAAACUCUUAAUUGUAAAGAUUCUGAUGGGAAAAUCGUGCUUUUUAGGAUAUUAUGCCAAGACUUCUAUCAAGGAUUUACUACAGGAGUCUGCAACCAGAGCCUCUGGAACCACAUUUGGCUCUUUUACCGCUCCAUUGUGGCUCUCUGGUUAAAGAAAACGAAAACGUUUUUUUAAAUUUUAUUUUAAAAAGUAAUGUAGUUUUAAGACUAAGCAAAACAAAAGAUUCAGAUAAGUCAAACUUUAUUCAGCUCAUUUGCAAACCGUUGAAGCACAGUAUGUUACCCCGCCGGGCUCCUGACUACAGUGCCCACAAAGCUCCCAUAAUCCAUCAAGUGGUGCGGCUUCUUGUUUUAUCAAAGUUAUACUGAAACAUUUCUACAGAUUUUUCCAUGGCGUGUACCCCAGAAAAUCAAUUGGAAGUCAGAAUUACAAGGCAGAUGUUCUAUUUUCAAACAAAAUUCUAGGAUUUCACAUACGCCAUGGUCCUACAAAUCUGGUAAGGGUCAAUUAACUA